AUGCAUCCGACACCCAUCGUCGUCCUUGACAAUGGCGCGUCAACUAUCAAGACAAACGUCGUGGUUGCAGAUGAGGUGGAUAUUGUAUUGCCAGAACCCAGAACCGUGACGAACGCGAUCGUGCGGCAGACCAAGGGCGACAAAAAAAUAUUCUUUGGGCACGAAUUUGACCGAUGCAAGGACUUUGCCACUCUUCAUUACCGUCUUCCCUUUGAACGUGGCUAUCUGACGGACUGGGAUGCCCAAAAGGCAAUAUGGGACGGCUUGUUCUCAUCGGAUUGUCUAAAGAUUACGACGUCCGAGGCGUCUCUUCUCAUCACAGAGCCAUAUUUCAACUUACCAAAUAUUCAAGAGCAAUAUGACCAAUUCGUGUUCGAAGAGUAUGAGUUCCAGUCAUAUUACCGUUGUACACCGGCGUCGCUGAUACCUUACGGGUCGUUAUUUCACGAUGAAGCAUCCGACUCCGAGGGCCCUCCGGAAUGUAUGUUGAUCGUCGACUCCGGAUAUAGCUUCACACAUGUUGUGCCCGUGAUGAGUGGGAAGGUGAUCUGGAGAGGCGUUCGAAGAUUGGACAUCGGAGGAAAGCUUCUGACAAACCACCUUAAGGAGCUGCUUUCACUCCGGCAGUACGAUCUGAUGGGCGAAACGUACAUCACGAAUGACAUAAAGGAAAAGUGUUGCUACGUCUCGACAAAUUACAAGGAAGAUAUGGAGUCGAGUCGGUUUCAUUCAUCCAAGAUCGUACAGGAAUACAUCUUGCCGAAGUACUCGGAGGGACGAGCGGGAAGGGUAAAAUUACAGGGCGAGCAGAUUCCGGCGGAUGAAGAUGUCGUACGAAUGAAUACUGAACGGUUUUCUGUGCCCGAGGUGCUGUUCAGACCCACUGAUAUUGGACUUGAUCAGGCGGGACUUUCCAGUACAAUCGCGGACUCGAUCUCGUCCUUACCUGGGGACGUGCAGGGGUUGUUCUGGGCUAAUAUUGGUGUGGUCGGGGGUAACGCCGUGUUCGCGGGCUUCCGACAAAGGCUGUAUGUAAUAUCUGAAUUGCGAAGCCUUGCACCUGUUGAGUACGAAGUCCGCGUAUUUGAAUCAUCCAACCCAAUCACAGCGGCGUACUUCGGAGGCGCUGAGUAUGCCCGCCAACCAGGAUUCGCCAACGUGAGUGUCACGCGUACAGAAUACCAGGAAGCUGGGAGCAACGCGUGCAUUAGGAAGUUCAGAAAUGGAACAUGGCAAGCAAAGGAAGUUGGAGAUGAAGUCCCUCAAGGAGCAGGGAAGGAGGCGGGACGAAGUAGGGUACGUUCACGGGUAGGGAAGCCGCAGUUGCAGGAGGCCGAUAUCGGUAUUGAGAAGCAGCCGUUGAGGAGCUCAAGGAGCCGGAUGGCGACCAAGGGAUGA